AAGGUUUGUUCUUGUAGCUGGUUCCCGGGCGGACGGAAUUGUUGUUCCCACGAAGAGACAACAUUUAUUGUUUUGGUUGGCUAUAACCUUAUGAUGAUGUUAUAAAUUGGGCCAUGGGAGUGCAUGGACUUUGGAGGCUACUGGAGAGCACAGGGAAACCCAUUAAUCCAGAGACUCUGGAGGGUAAAAUUCUUGCUGUUGAUAUCAGUAUUUGGCUCAAUCAGGCCGUGAAAGGUGUCCGAGACCGUGAUGGCAACAGCGUCCAGAACGCGCACCUUCUCACGCUCUUCCACCGCAUCUGCAAGUUGCUGUUUUUCCGCAUCAGGCCAGUGUUUGUCUUUGAUGGCGAUGCUCCACUGCUGAAGAAACAAACUCUGGCCUUGAGGAGGCAGAGGAAGGAAGAGUUGAGCCAAGAGUCCAAAAGAACUAAUGAGAAACUCCUCAAGACAUUCCUGAAGAGGCAAGCAAUCAAAGCUGUGCUUGGAGGUGACAGUAAGGAUCCUCUACCCAGCCUAUCCAAUGUGAAGAGAAAUGAGGUGGAUGAGAUGUAUAUUCUGCCAGCCCUGCCACAGGCAGAGGAGGAGCAGAAGAGCAGUUCUGGGGAGGACGAGAAAGAGUCUGAGGAUGGGGCUGAUGAUAUUUAUCAGGGGGAGGAUGUUUAUGCGGAUCCCAACUCUGUUGACAUCAACUCAGAGGAGUUUGCCUGCCUACCACUCGAAAUGAAGCACGAGAUCCUAAAAGACAUGAAAGAGUUUUCGAAAAGGCGCCGGACCCUGUACCACAAACCCCCCGAGCUCUCCACAGACUUUUCCCAGUACCAGUUGUCCGGCUUGCUGCACAGGAACAAGCUGAAUCAACGUUUGGAGGGAGUGGAAAAAGAGAUGAACCAGCGCAGUGCCGGCAGCGCGCCGCAGCUCUCCGAAGGGGACCAGCGGAGUCAUGACGUUGAGUCACGUCGACUUGUUUCAGAAGACAACUCUCACUACAUCCUCAUUAAAGGCUCAACCAAAAGUAAAAACCCUUCAGCGAGCCAACCGGCCCGCGCGCCCUGGACCGGGAACGCGCUGGCAGGCUUUAUCAAGAGAGCCGUGGACAAACCGGAGCCCCUGUGGCGUCCGGCGUCCGAGGAAGAAGAUAAAAAGCAAGUUUCCCGUUCAGAAGACUGUCAAGCAACCGGAGCGAAACUCGAUUCGCCGCCUUCGCCUCGUACAAUGAAGGCUAUCCAGGCCGCCAUGAGUGACGGCUCAGAUGCGGAGACUUUGAAGCGGGAAGAGGGCGAUGGCGGCGUCUCUCCACGUACUCUGAUCGCCAUCCAGCGAGCCCUGGCUGACGACGACGAGGAGGAGAAGGAGGAAGAGGAUGCAGUGAAGCGCAGGCCUCCGAGCAUCAACUCUGCCACUAAGUUGCAAAUAGUCAUCGGUAGUUCAGAGGAGGAGACGGAACCCGAUGCCGUCGGAGACAAAAAUCGUUUUGAGGGCGACGCUGUAGGAAAAAGUUGUGAUUCGAUGGACAAAGUCGUCGGGCAGACGAAUGAAAUAUUUCACGUGGGAGAAACUCUUCGUGAUCUCAAGGGAGGAUCUGGCAGGCAAGCCGCCGGGGAGGAGACGAGCGAGGUGAACAAGGACGAGGAAAUGUUCAACGCUCAACCGCUUGACGCAAAGACGGCAAGUGGCAGUCCGAGAAAGCCCGACGAGAGAGGCGACUCGGAGCAGGGAUGGAUGUUGGAGAAGGAACAAGGCGCCCGGCCCGAGCGGCCACACGGAAAGCCCCCAAGUCACUUUGAGCUGGCUGAGCAGAUCCAUCGGGAAGCCGCCGCUCGGCAGAUGAGCCUCGAGGCUCGGCCCGAAAGCAUCGAUGAGAGUCAAUCGGAUGAGAGCUUCGUUGAAGUAUCAGAAGAGGAAUCCCAGGAGGAUUCAGAAGUGGUCCAUGAGGAUGAGACCAUGCAAGCGGAAAGCCAGUCCGGUGGCGCCGGCAUCCCAGAAGAGUCGUUGAAGUCAAACGAAGAGCGAGACCAAACGACGGCGACUGACGAGGAGCAAGAGUCGGACGAGGGAGAAGAGAAAGCGUCCCGCUCAGUCCAUGAAUGGGAAGAUUUGGAUGUGGAUGAGCUGCAGUCCUUAGAGAGUUCCCUGCUGGUGGAGCAGUGCAACCUGAAAGAGCAGAAACAGCAGCAGGAGCGGAUGGCCAAUACCGUCACGGGGCAGAUGUACUUGGAGAGCCAGGAGCUCCUCCGACUGUUCGGCAUUCCGUUUCUGGUGGCGCCGAUGGAAGCCGAGGCGCAAUGCGCCGCACUCGACCGUGCCGACCAGACCAACGGGACGAUUACCGACGACUCGGACGUUUGGCUCUUUGGAGGGCGACAUGUUUACAAAAACUUCUUCAGCCAAAAUAAAUAUGUGGAGCACUACCAGUACAGUGACCUGCAGAACCAAUUGGGUUUGGACAGGACCAAACUGAUCAACCUGGCUUACCUGCUCGGAAGUGAUUACACCGAAGGCGUGCCCGGGGUCGGAUAUGUGACUGGCAUGGAAAUCCUGAAUGAAUUCCCCGGACAUGGGCUGGAGCCACUAACACAGUUCAGGGCGUGGUGGUCAGAGGCUCAAGAGAAAAAGCGUUUGACCGCUGAUCCUCGGCACACAAAAGUGAAAAAAAAGCUGAGGGAGCUCAAACUUCAGGCCGGAUUCCCAAACCCGGCCGUGGCUCAGGCUUACCUGCAGCCUGCCGUGGACGAGUCGGACGCCUCGUUCAGCUGGGGACGCCCUCAGCUGGAGAUGAUCAAAGAAUUCUGUCAAAGUCGCUUCGGUUGGCCCAGUAGAAAAACAACAGAGACCCUUCAGCCUGUGAUCAAGCAACUUAACACACAACAGACUCAGACGCGGAUUGACGCAUUCUUCCGAAUGGAGCAACAGGAGAAGCAGGCCAUCCGAAGUCAACGUCUCCGCCGCGCCAUCACCUGCAUGAAAAGGAAAGAGGACGUGGAGCCGGACGAGGAAAUCGCGUCACAGACCAAAUCCAAGAAAGGGAAGACGAUAGAACAGGGCCGGAAGGAAGAUGAAAAUAGAAAAGUGAGAGAACGGGACGGGCCUGUGGCCGGUGGCGGGUUUUUGGGUUCGGAGGGAAUCGGAGAAACUCCGAUUCCGUCUUUCGAUAAUGUGAGCCGCGCUAGCCAGGAGGCACACUUGACAAAGGCCUCCAAGAAUGUCCCACAGCACACAAGACCGAGCAGCCGCAGCCGCUGCAGCAGCAGCAGCAGCUCUGGUGAGGACAGCGAAGGUAAAUAUGGUCAAGUUGCUAUGGUUACUGCUCAGUCUGUGUUCAAGGGCAGCAUGAGAGGUCGCCGUCCUAAAAGCAGGAGAGGUCGAGGAAAGAAAACCUGAAAAUGAUUUCUUUCACGACUAGCAAUGUAUCCUAAAACACUUUUUAGAACGUUAUAAUUCAUUGUUUCAUAUUCAGCGGAAUAAAAUGCAUUUC